CACCAACAGACUCUUGAGCACAAUCUUCUCCUCCAGCCUUUGCAGUAACUGGUCAAAUCCCUGCCGAGAUGUCCUGCCAGCAGAACCAGAAGCAGUGCCAGCCUCCUCCCAAGUGCCCCUCUCCCAAGUGCCCCCAGAAGAGCCCAGCACAGUGUCUGCCCGCAGCGUCCUCCUGCUGUGCUGCAAGCUCUGGGGGCUGCAGUGUCUCCAGCUCUGAGGGAGGCUGCUGCCUGAGCCACCACAGGCGCAGGUCCCACAGAUGCAGGCGCAGGAGCUCCAGUUCCUGUGACCGAGGCAGUGGUCAGCAGUCUGGGGGCUCAGGCUGUGGCCACAGCUCUGGGGGCUGCUGCUGACCUUGGAAAGAGUAGUCUGGAAAAGAAACACUAUCAAAAAUGAAUCUAAGAUCCUUCCCCAAUGUUCAGUCCUCAUUCCCAGUUACCCUGUCCCCCCUAAGUGCUGAGAUGUUUCCCAAGAGGACUCAGGUCUCUCCUGGCUCUUUCUGUUCUCUGCAUGUUCACAGCGCAUGUACCCUGUUAUCUUGAGAGCUUGUGAUAACUGCCUGGGUGGUUAUCAUCCUGUACUUGACCCUAAGGAAGU